UAUUGGAGGAAAAUUUUCUUGUUAAUCGACUGUUGUUGGAGAAAAAUUCAAGUAGAAAUUCGUAGAAGGCACCACAUGAUAGUCUUGAAAUCUAACCUUAAAAAAAAUUGAUCAUCAAGAAGACAACAAAUUUGUGGGUCAAUUUAUUUAUUUAAUAAAUAAAUGGCAAUUAGUUUUUGUCGAUUGAGUAGUGGUACAUUAAAUAAUUUGUACAAAAACUCAAGAUACAUCAUGACAACACCAACAGCAAGAGCUAAAAAUUUACUUGAUUCUGUAAAAGAUAAUCCAUACUUUACCAAGUAUGCCAAGGCAAUAACAAAAUUACAAGAAACAAAUCCAGAAGAUUUUGUUGCACGUAUUGAAGCAAAACAAGCAUUAGAAAAAAAAAAUCGUGAAGAAGCUAAAAAAUUUAAAAAUGAUGCAUCAGCAAAGCCAAAAUUAUCAGAACAUAUGCAAAAGAAAAAAGCACUGUUGUCUGAUAUAAUGAAGGUUGAAUUAUUAGAAAAUAAAGGCAAGCAAGAAAUAACAGAUAUUUGGAUUAAUUAUCAUAAAAAUAAAGAUUGUAUUUCUGGUAUAUUAGAGCCACAUGUAUUUGAUAAAUUAAUUGAUAAUGGAUUAAAGUAUCCAACGUUUAUUCUUCCAUUACCACGUGAAAAUGGUUAUGAAUUUAUAUUAGUACAAUUUUCAAACAAUGAAAUACACAUGACACCACUAUUAUGGUACCAAACACACAAAGAAAAUGCACCAGAAUGCAUGACAAUUGUUCACUACGAAGAUUUUAAAGAAUCAAAAAAUGUUGUGUUGAUGCGUGGACAAUUUGAUAUCAAAUCAAUAAGUGUACAAGAAGCACAAUGUCUUGCAAAUCAAUUACAAUUAUAUUAUACAACUGAUAAUGAUACUCGUUUAAAUAUUCUUAAAACUUUUAAUCAACGUCCAGAUGAAUUUAAACAUAUGGAUUUAAUAAAACAAUUGGAAAGCAUUGAACUUUUUACUAAUGAUAAUAAAAAUAGUAGUGAUGAUGUUGAUGAUGUUAAAAAAAUUAUCGAAAAGAAACAAUAAAUUUUAAAUAAUAUUAUAUGUAAUGUGAUAGAAAAUUUAUUCAAUAAAAGAAACAAUUAAUCAAUUUUAUUGUUGAUUGAUUUAAAAUAGCAAUAAA